UCCUCUGCUGUUGUGAAUGCUGAUCUAACAUGGCGACCGUGCCCGUGUAUUGCAUCUGCAGGUUACCGUACGACGUAACCCAGUUCAUGAUCGAGUGCGACGCCUGUAAGGACUGGUUCCACGGCAGCUGUGUUGGAGUAGACGAAGAUGAUGCACCAGACAUUGACAUCUAUCACUGUCCCAACUGUGAGAAAACACACGGCAAAUCCACCCUGAAAAAGAAAAAGAACUGGAAUAAACAUGACACGGGGCAGAGCGGGGACGUCAAACCGGUUCAGAACGGCAGUCAGGUUUUCAUUAAGGAGCUCCGCAGUCGCACCUUCCCCAGCUCGGAGGAUGUGGUGGUUAAGCUCAGUGGGUAUCAGCUGACCAUAGACUACCUGGAGGAGAACGGUUUUAACGAGCCCAUUCUGAUCCCGAAGAAAGACGGCCUGGCGAUGACCAUGCCCGCGCCCACCUUCUACGUCAGCGACGUGGAGAACUACGUCGGGCCUGAUGUUCCUGUGGAUGUCAUCGAUGUCACCAAACAGACCGACAGCAAAAUGAAGCUGAAGGAAUUUGUGGAUUAUUAUUACAGCACAAACAGAAAGAAAGUAUUAAACGUCAUCAAUCUGGAGUUUUCAGACACAAGGAUGGACACUCUGGUGGAGAGUCCGCAGAUCGUGAGGAGAUUAUCCUGGGUGGAGAAUUACUGGCCGGACGAUGCUCUGCUGGGGAAGCCGAAAGUAACUAAAUACUGUCUGAUCUGUGUGAAGGACAGCUACACCGACUUCCACAUCGAGUGCGGCGGCGCCUCCGUCUGGUACCACGUCCUGAAGGGGGAGAAGAUUUUUUUCCUAAUCAAACCAACAUCAGCCAACCUGUCUCUGUACGAGCGCUGGAGAUCCUCCUCCAAUCACUCAGAGAUGUUCUUCGCCGACCAGGUGGACAAAUGCUACAAGUGCACUCUGAAACAGGGCCAGACUCUCUUCAUCCCGUCAGGUUGGAUUAAUGCAGUUCUGACGCCGGUAGACUGCCUGGCCUUCUCCGGCCACUUCGUCCACAACAUGAGUGUGGAGAUGCAGAUGAGGGCGUACGAAGUGGAGAAACGGCUGAAGGUGGUGAGCCUCACGCCCUUCCCCAACUUCGAGACGGCCUGCUGGUACACGGGGAGGCACUACCUGGAGCGGUUUAAAAGUUUACACAAGGCAAACAAACAGCCAGCCCCUUACUUGGUACACGGUGCCAAAAUUAUCAAUGGAGCCUUCAGAUCCUGGACCAAGAAACAGGCCCUUUUAGAGCAUGAAGAUGAGCUUCCUGAGAACAUGAAGCCGACGCAGCUCAUUAAAGACCUUGCCAAAGAGAUUCGGAUUGCUGAGAACGCAACUAAAGCCAUAAAGAGUGAACCAAGCAACUCCAAGCCCCCAGCAGAGGAACCGCCCUCAGCUCCACCUGAACCAGAGGAGCCUGCGUCCCCCACGCUGUCCUCCCCACCCCAGGACAAACCGGCCAGGAAGAAAGCUCCAAAACCCCCCAAACCACCAAAGCCCCCCAAGAUGCCCAAGGCGCCCAAACCCCCGAAGGUGCCGAAGGUAAAGGAGGGGGGGAAGAAGAAAGGGAAGAAGGUGAAAGAAGGAGGACUACCUGAGAAAAAGCCCUCCAGCCUGGCAGCUCUGGAGUCCCACGCCAAGGACAUCCUGUCCAAGAUGGACCAGCCUAAGAAAGCCAAGGCUCCCAAAACCAUGAUGAGCCUGAUGGAGAAGGAGACGAAUAAACAGAACGACGUGGAGAAGUUCGAGAUCCGAGAACAGAGCAAAAACAAAACGGAAGCCAAGUGGAAAUACAAGAACAGCAAACCAGACUCGUUACUAAAGAUGGAGGAGGAGCACAAGUUUGAGAAGACGCCGCUCGGACAUAAAGACAAUAAAUUUCUGUUCUCAAUGUCGAACAAGAAAUUACUGGGGGCGAAGACGCUGAAACCUCAAACUAACUCCGGCGUAUUCGGAUCCUUACAAAAUGUAAAAGAGGACAAACCCAAACCCGUACGAGACGAGUACGAGUACGUCUCAGACGAGGGGGAGCUGAAAAUCGACGAGUUUCCCAUCAGGAGGAAAAAGACUCCGGUCAAGAGGGACUUUUCCUUUUUAUCGAACAUCAGAGAGCCCAUCCAACCAACGAAAAAGCCAAAAACACAACCUGCAGUUAUUAAGCAGAACGCCGACUCCUCAGAUGAAGAAUCACUCCACAUAGACACAGAGGCGAAGACGGAGGUCAAAGGUCGCAACUCCAAGGUGUCGAAGAAGAAGGCGAGCAGUGCGGCGGGAAUCCUGGAUCUCCUGCAGGCCAGCAAGCAAGUGGGCGGUAUCGACUACAGCAACAACAGUCAGCCACCUGCAUCCCCCAGCACACAGGAGGCCAUCCAGGGCAUGCUGUCCAUGGCCAACCUGCAGUCCGGCGACCCCUGCGGCGGCCUGCAGCCGGCCUGGAACAACAGCCAGGCCAAGAGCAACUCUCACAGCGGCGGCGCCGGCGGCAAGAAGCCUGCGGGGGGCGCCGCCACCGGCAACGGCAAACGCACCGCCAAGCGGCCGCCCAAGAAACCGCGGAAAAGCAGCAGCGUGGACAGCGCCGACAUGUUCGACGACGACCAGGACCAUCUAGAGGCCUGCUUUAAAGAUUCAGACUACGUUUACCCCUCGCUGGAGUCGGAAGAGGAUAACCCCAUUUUUAAAUCGCGAUCGAAGAAAAGGAAAAACUCAGACGACACUCCGUACAGUCCAACAGCACGAGUGGGACCAUCAGUACCGCGACACGAGAGGCCGGCGCGAGAGGGAGCGCGAGUCGCAUCUAUAGAGACGGGACUCGCCGCCGCCGCCGCUAAACUAUCUCACCAGGAAGAGCAGCAGAAGACUAAGAAGAAGAAGAAGAGCACCAGGAAGAAGCCCAUGGUUGUGGAGGAGCCUCUCAAACACUCUCAGGAUAACAGUUCAUCAGAACCCAACCUGGACUCGGAAAGCAACGCGGCCGACCACGAGUACAGCACCGGACCCGGCAAACCGGCCGCCGGCCAGCCCAUGGCUCCCGGAGUCUUCCUCAACCAGAAACGCCCCUCCACCUCCUCCCCCACCAACAACACCCCCAACACCACCAACACCAACACCACCGCCCAGCCAGCCAAGGUGGAGCGCGGGAACUCCGCAGACGCCAAAGCCAAACGGCUAAAGAAAGGUAUGGCGACGGCCAAACAGAGACUGGGGAAGAUCUUAAAGAUCCAUCGGAACGGGAAACUCCUGCUGUAACGGGGAGUGAGGAGGAGGAGGAGGAGAGGAGUGAGGGAUGGGUCAUGAUGAAGAUGAUGAUGUUGAGGAUGAUGAUGAAGAUCUGAUUGACCCCUCACGGACUAGCCAAUACCGAUCCCUCACUCCUUUCCGUCCCGCCCCCAAAAACACACACAAUACUGGGGACAAGGAGCGCAGGAACUGAGGAGAACUGAUGAGAACUGAGGAAAUAUGAGGAGAAAUGAGGAGAACUGAUGAGAAAGGAGGAGAAAUGAGGAGCUCGAGAGGAGUCACGCAAUUUUUUUCGAUUUCUAAGAAGAACAUAGCUCAAAUAGGUUUUUGCCUCUACUUAUACUUUAUAACUUUCAGAUAUUAAAAAGUGUACAGAAUACCUGCUAUUAAUAUUUUGUAAGAAGAAUUUGUCUGGUUUUACUACAGCCGUCAGUUUAUCAGGGGUUGCUAAGAUAUACGUUACGAAAUACAUAGCAGUCAUUCCAAGAUAGAAGAAAGUAUCCCUUGCAUGUGUCCAAAUUGCAUGCAUGCAUUGGUUGGUUGGCGGCGGGGUUUAUGACAAACAAUGGGGCGGGUUUAGGAAUAGGGGGUUGGGUUUAGGACUUAGGGGGUGGGGUUUGGAAUUUAGGAAUGAAUUCCUGCUCUCUGGAUGUGGCUUAUCAUUGUCUUUAUCAUUGUCGAUGUUGAAAUAGAAGCAGACGAAGAAGAAGUAGUAUUAAUGGAGACUUUUUUAAUGGAGAAAUUUGAUUUUUAAUUUUACUUUUUAUUUUAUUACACUUUUUAUUUUAUAUUAUUGUUUUCUUUAGUGGCUGCGUAAAAUUUACUUUAAAUUUACUUUUUUUUUGUAAGUAAAUUUAAUUUCAGAUAAAUUUAAGAAACUUCAACUCGGUUUCAAG